UCCAACCUUUACUUUGUUAAGAUCACAACUUAAGCAAAACAAAACAAAUUCUACAAAAAUGAAACUCUUCGUAGCUGCUGCAUUCGCUCUCUUGGCUUUGGCUUCUGCUGAUGUCAGCCAUUUGUCCAAAUCUUACUUGCCACCCGUACAACAAUCGUACACUGGCGGCAGCUAUCAUCAACAAUCUUUCUCAUCUGGUAACGUUGGCUUCUCAGCUCCCUCUAACGAAUAUUUGCCUCCCGUACAACAAACUUACUCCGCUCCAGCUCAAUCUUUCUCCGGUCAUGUUCAACAAUCUUAUGCCGCUCCCGCUCAAACCUACUCUGCUCCUGCUGCUCAAUCUUACUCUUCAUCCGUUUCUUACUCUGGCCCAGCUGUUCAACAAUCCUUCGGUGCUCCCUCCAAUGAAUACUUGCCUCCUGUAGAACAAACCUACUCUGCUCCAGCUCCCGUCCAUCACUCAUACUCUGCUCCCUCAGUCAGCUACUCAGCUCCCGCUGUACAAUCUUACUCUGCUCCAGCUGUUCAAACUUACUCUGCUCCCUCAGUCAGCUACUCAGCUCCCGCUGUUCAAUCUUACUCUGAAACCUACUCUGCCCCUGCUGUUCAUCACAGCUAUUCGGCUCCUGCUGUUGAAACCGUCCAUCACUCCGCACCCGUAGUUCACCAAACUUACUCUGCUCCUGCUGUUCACACUGUUGCUGUUCAACACCAUCAGCACUCUGUUCCUGCCCCAGCUCCAGUUAACGAAUACUUGCCUCCCGUACAAGAAACCUACUCUGCUCCAGCUGUUCAACAAACAUACUCUGCUCCCGCUGUUCAAUACUCUGCCCCAGCUGUACAACAGACUUACUCCGCCCCAGCUGUUCAACAAACUUAUUCCGCUCCAGCUGUCCAAACCACCUACUCUGCUCCCUCUGUAAGCUAUUCUGCCCCAGCUGUUCAACAAACUUACUCCGCUCCUGCUGUCCACUAUUCUGCACCAGCUGUUCAGACCACCUACUCUGCCCCAGCUGUUCAACAACAAACCUACUCAGCUCCCGCUGUCCACUACUCCGCUCCAGCUGUUCAAACUACCUACUCUGCCCCAGCUGUUCAACACCACUAUUCUGCUCCCUCUGUCAGCUUCUCUAGCGGUAGCUCUGGUACUCAAUACGCUUCCAACGGUGGUUAUGUUUACAGAAAGAAGUAAAUCACUGUUAGAAUAUAGAAGUUAAGUUUCAUUAACGCUUUAAACGAAAAGUCAAUAUUCAUUUUUAUUU